UUAUAGAAUGGGCAACCUCUUUUCAACUAAUAGAUCUAUUAGCUCUUUAUCUUCUGUAAUUGAACAUAUUUCUGGGACUUCAUCAAAUAUGACUAGCAGAAAAAGAAAAGCUUCACUAAAUGAAAAUGCCUCUGAUAUUGAACCAAAACGAUUUAAAUUAAAUACUCCCGAUUAUGUUUAUCAAAAGCUUUUCGUUGAAGGUCUCAAUUCAGACAUUCAAAUUCAUGCUCUUGGUCAUACUUGGAGAUUACACAAACUUUAUCUUGAGCAAUGUGAAUAUUUCCAUGCACUCUUUCAAGGAAAUUGGUCAGAUUCUGGGAAAGAUGAAUAUUACAUGCAAAUUGAUGAUGACAAUAUUUGCUUUAAAGAAAAAUGUCAAAUACAACUGGCCGAUUAUUUACGCGACAAAGAAAAACUUUUGAUUUGUCUUCGUCUUUCCGAUCGUUAUGGUUUUGUUAAAAGAAUGAAAGAGGCUAUUAAUGUUCUCAAAUAUAUGUUUUGCCAUUUUUGUUUGGAUGAAGCAUUUUUACGUGGAUUACAAAAAUCUUGGCUUAUUACUUUAUUUUCUCAACAAUUUGUUUGUGUACGCGAAAGUGAGAUGGAUUUGUAUCGUGCAAUAAGAAAUUGGAUUUUCCUUACUGAAUGUCCAUAUGCUCGUUUAGGAGAUGAAAAGUCAAUUGCUCUUUUCUUUGAAUCUUCAUUUUUUAACCGGCACAAAUACUUUGACUUGUUACGACUUUUAAGAGUGUCUCAUCUAGUUUCACUUCAAUCAAAUUUGAAAUUGAUUAGAGCUGAUGGAAUUAUUCCCAGGAAAUUACUAAAAAAUGUAAUUUGUGACCAAUGGCAAAUGUUACUUCGAUCUGAAGAGACAACCACAGGGUUAGUGAAGGAAGUUGAAAUUUUAAAUUUGAGGGGGGGGGUGACCAGGCUUCAGCUUCUACAAAAUAUCAUCAAUAAUUUUCAUUUUAGAUUUCCCGAAGUAAUAGAUGACAACGAAUUUUACGCCAGUUGUUAUCGUUUUGGACGUACAGGUAUUAGUCCUCUUUCAAGAAUAACUUGGCGUAGGUUGGGAUACUUCUUUGGUGUUGAUCUGCUUGCGACCUAUGAUCAAGGUUAUUUACGUCUAGCAAGAAAUGGCUCAAUGGCUCCAACACAACAUCAAAUCUCAGUGAAACAUGUUGACAUCAUGAAAUUACAUUACAGAUGUAUUGUUUGUGCAGAUAAUGGAGCUGUUUUAUUGGAUACUCAAAAACAGUCUAAAGCUUUUAAUCUCGACAGGAAUGUAGAAUUGGGAAAAUUUAAAUUACCAAAUGGUCAAAAGAUUUCUAUUCAUCUUUUCUGUCUUCCAUUUGCGCCGAUUCAUCAAUCAACUUAUUAUUGGGACGAAUUGAUUUCUUGGGCAGGUGGGAAUUGA